ACCCGCCUGUGUGUGUGUGUGUGUGUCCCUGUUGUGUGCGUGUGCGUACUAGCGUGUUUGUGUGUUUGUUGUGAGCGCCAUGGAGCACAUGUCUUCACCUGUUCGCUUCCGCAGCAACGCCAAAGCUGCAACUUUGUCAGAAAAGGAGCUGGCCAGUCUGUCCGUGAAGGACCAAGACAGCGUCCUGUUCCCGUACGCCAUGAGGGACCUCCCCUCGGGCCACAGCAUGUCAGUCAACCACGAGGGUGCGGCGGCAGCCACCGCCAACGGGCGGCGCCCCAGCCUCCCUGGAACUCCGCCUCCUGUGUCUCGCACCGCCCCCUGCCGCCCUGCGAUCGCCCCCCUCAAGCCGAGCCGCGUUGGCUCCGAUUCAUCGUUCCAGCCUGCGAGGAGACCGUUCGCGUCUCAGGGCUCUCUGGACUCGCCGCUUAGCCCCGCCUCCCGCCCACUCAGCCCCUGGGGGCGCUUGGACUCCUACGACUCGCCAGAGGACCAGGACAAAGAAUAUGUCGGUUUCGCUACGUUGCCGAGUCAGGUUCACAGGAAGACGCUGAAAAAAGGUUUCACGUUCACUCUGAUGGUAGCAGGAGAGAGCGGCCUCGGCAAGUCCACUCUGAUCAACAGCUUGUUCCUCACCGACCUCUACAAGGACCGCAAGCUUCCCAAUGCAGAAGAACGCAUCAGUCAGACUGUCGGCAUCGUCAAGCACAGCGUUAGCAUCGAGGAGAAGGGCAUCAAGCUGAGGCUCACCAUCGUCGACACGCCAGGCUUUGGAGACGCCGUCAACAACAUGCAAAGCUGGAAGCACAUAGAAGACUACAUCGAGCAGCAGUUUGAGCAGUUCUUCAGGGACGAGAGUGGCCUCAACAGGAGGAACAUCCAAGACAAUCGAGUCCACUGCUGUCUCUACUUCAUCUCUCCUUACGGACACGGGCUGCGUCCUCUGGACGUGGAGUGCAUGAGAGCCUUGCAUGACAAAGUCAACAUCAUUCCUGUGUUGGCCAAAGCGGACAGUUUGACCCCAGCUGAGGUCUGCAGGAAGAAGAUGAAGGUCCGUGAGGAGAUGCGUCGCUUCGGCAUCGACAUCUACCAGUUUGCCGAGUGCGACUCGGACGAGGACGAGGACUUCAAGAGGCAGGACCAGCUUCUCAAGGACAGCGUCCCAUUCGCCGUGAUCGGGAGCAACGUCCUGGUGGAGAGUAAAGGCCGCAGGGUCAAGGGUCGCACGUACCCCUGGGGUGUGGUAGAAGUGGAGAGUCCGGCUCACUCGGACUUCCUGCUGCUGAGGGACAUGCUGGUGAGGACGCACAUGCAGGACCUGAAGGACGUGACCCGGGAGAGCCACUACGAGAACUACCGGGCCCAGUGCAUCCAGAACAUGACGCGCAUGGUGGUCCAGGAGAGGGAGCGCAGCUUGCGGGAGAGGUGUCGAGAAGGAGGCGACGUCGACGUCCCGCUACCCCUCGCCGCCUUUGACUCGGAGAAAGAAAGACUCAUUUUUGAAAAAAAUGAGGAGCUGAGACGGAUGCAGGAGGUCCUGGAGAGGAUUCAGGAGCAGAUGCACGGCGGUCAGACAUGAGGAAAGUGAAAGGAGGUGAUAAUGAAACUUUAUGGAUGAUGAAGUGACAAUGAGCUUACCGACCAGAGCACUCGGAGCAGGUCUUCCUUCUUUUGCUGUCCUCAGAAGGCCCGGGGUCUUUUUUUGUAAUGGUUUGUACUGCCAUCUAGUGGCUAUAGUAGCAAAGUGGUCCAAAUAAACAACGCUUCGCUCGAUAAAGCAGAAUUGUUGUAAAUGUA